AUGGAGGACACCGAGAAGCUGCACCUGCUGGACCGCAGGACUGGAGUCCGGUCCUACAUGGGAUCUCUGUGGCAGAAGGGGACCGACUGGACCCCUCUGCCUGGGCCUGGCCUGGACAUGCAGGCCAUGGAGCUGGCUGCCCAGAGCAACCACUACUGCCAUGCCCAGAGGGGUCCACACAGUCACCACGACCCCGAGAGGGAGCAGGCCCGGCGCCAGCUCUGUGUGGCCUCUGCCAUCUGCCUGGUGUUCAUGAUCGGAGAAGUCGUCGGUGGGUACCUGGCGCACAGCUUGGCCAUCAUGACCGACGCGGCCCACCUGCUUACCGACUUUGCCAGCAUGCUCAUCAGCCUCUUCUCCCUCUGGAUGUCCUCCCGACCAGCCACCAAGACCAUGAACUUCGGCUGGCAGCGAGCUGAGAUCCUGGGAGCCCUGCUGUCCGUGCUGUCCAUCUGGGUGGUGACCGGCGUGCUGGUGUACCUGGCCGUGCAGCGCCUUAUCUCCGGGGAGUAUGAGAUUGAAGGGGCCACCAUGCUGAUCACGUCCGGCUGUGCUGUGGCUGUGAACGUCAUAAUGGGGUUGACCCUCCACCAGUCUGGCCAUGGGCACGGCCACGGGCACAGCCACGACGCCAGCCAGCCACAGGAGAACCCCAGUGUCCGAGCUGCUUUCGUCCAUGUGAUCGGGGACUUUCUGCAGAGCCUGGGUGUCCUGGUGGCAGCCUAUAUCUUAUACUUCAAGCCCGAGUACAAGUAUAUAGAUCCCAUCUGCACCUUCCUCUUCUCCGUCCUGGUCCUGGGGACAACCUUGACCAUCCUGAGAGAUGUGAUCCUGGUGUUGAUGGAAGGAACCCCCAAGGGCAUGGACUUCACAGCUGUGCGGGAUCUGCUGCUGUCGGUGGAAGGCGUGGAAGCCUUGCACAGUCUGCACAUCUGGGCGCUGACCGUGGCUCAGCCCGUGCUCUCCGUCCACAUCGCCAUCGGUGAGAAUGCAGAUGCCCAGGCUGUGUUGAAGACGGCCAGCGCCCGCCUCCAGGGGAGGUUCCACUUCCAUACCAUGACCAUCCAGAUUGAGGACUAUUCCGACGACAUGAAGGACUGCCAGGCGUGCCAAGGCCCCUCGGACUGA